GUCAUAAAAUGUAUAUAACAAAGGAAUUUACUUACCUGUAUUAUGGAUAGUGCACUUAACUUAAUCCUUCUGAUAGAGGUGCUAUUUGUACUAAAUCUAGGAUUAUCAACUAACCAAAAAGGAAUCUGUUCGAAGACUGUUCUUGGGGAACCAAAAUGCUGUGCAAAUUAUCGAAAGGUUGGAAUGAAAUGUGAAGAAUGUUGGCCUGGGACAUACGGUGAAAAUUGCCAACAAGACUGUCCUUAUGGUCGCUAUGGAAGGUUUUGCAUUAUGAUUUGUCAGUGUGAAGCAUGCAACAAAGUAACAGGAUGCGCCAAAAAUACAUCCAGUGAUAUUGAGGGCUUCCAAGUCUUCUCUACAAGAGAUUUUAAAGAUAAUAUGGGAUCAGUGUCCGACCCUAGCUCGAAAAUGAGUUCAUUUCGGCUUACUGGUGUAAAAAAGUUGGAAAGUAAUGAAGGCAUAUCUUCUACAUAUGUUCAUAAGAAAAAUAUAUCAGACGAACCUUUUUGGACAGUCACACGUAGAGGAAGUAUAAAAGAUCACAGUUAUGAUAUAACUACACGUACUGUGUCAAAUAUAAAAGAAGAUAAUAUCUCGGUCACAAAUGCAAAUCCGAAAACAGUAAAAGGAAAUGGUUUAGAAUGGUGGAUAAUUUUCGUAGCUUUUGGAUUCAUUUUGCUUGGAAUAGCAUUUGGAUACAUCUGCUCGAAGAAAUGUACUAAAGUACACCAGCCAGCUGUAUACUUUCAUUCUGAGAUCUCUAAUGACAGAAAUAAUUUGGAACAAGAGGCGUAUAGUGUUUUGAGGAAAGAUAGAAAGAGAGAGCAGUCUAUUAACGAACAAAAAUCUAGUACCAGUAGCACACUACAAGAUUACUUUGAAAUUGAUGAUUUCAUAGAAGAAUUUUCGCCCUCCAUCGACAGUCACUGAGGAUUCCAUUUUUCCUUUUCUCUGCAGCUAUUUCAGAAGUCAACUUACCGAUUUACAAUUAUAGACCUUCUCUAAAGUACUUUUUAUUGUACGAGGGUGAUCAAAAAUUUCGCGAACUAUCUCUA